AGCAGAAUUGGAUAUUAUAGUUUGUAGCAGAAUUGGAAAAGAAUAGCCGAGUAGAGUAGUAGAGAGGUGGGAGCUAUCUGUGCUGCCACGCUAUGCCACUGCGUACUCUAAACGGCGCACGCCCACAUCCACGGCAAAAAGAAGGGCCCAUUCGAAACCUCUAAAAUCCAAAUAAUAUUACAUAACUGACACAAUCCCAGAACCUGUAGAAUCGGAACAAGACUCUGCCAAAAUCCUAAUACGACACAAACCCAGAACCCAGAAACGGGUGAAAAGUGAUGGUCGACGAUGAAGAAGCCCGUUUGGAGUUCCGGUCCUACCCUGAUGAUGCAUGGUACAGCGUUCGGGUUCUGGUCGAGGGGGAUUCCGGCGACGUUCUCAGAAUCAAGUACUGUAAUUUCCCUGAUGAUAACGACAACGUUUUCCGAGCAGGCGAGUUUAGGGACAUUAAACAUCUUAGUGACUUCGCUUCCAGGUUUAGACCCGUCUCUUCUCAGCUUCAGGACUCCGAGUGCUCUCAGGUUGUUCAAGGCUUGCUUGUGUGCGCUUCCCAUCACUUCAGGACCGAUGACAUUCGCUUCUACGACGCAAUUGUUGAAGGGGUGGGUCAUUGUGAACAUUCCUUUGCAAACAGAGAAGAAGAGUGUUUGUGCACUUUUGUUCUUUCGUGGCUACAUGGUCCAGUGGCUGGGCAUAUGACUGCUGAACGUCUUGAACAAAUUUGCAGAGUUCAGCUUAGGAAGGAAAUAGAUCCGGUUGUAGCUUCUUUUUUAAACAAGGUGAAAGAGAAACUUAAAACUGGUUCUUGUCGUCAAGUCACCACAGGUGUCACUCACAAUGAUCACGGGGAAGCCCCAAUGUUGAAAAUUUCGCACAAGCUUAGUUUUUCUCACCAUUUAGAGCAGGGAACAAAGUGUACCGAGUGGUUUUUGAGUGAUACCUUGUCAUCCAAUUGGGCUAUUGGUCGUCCUCAUGAAAAGAACGGGCAAGACAUGGACUUUGGCGGAGUUGGAAACUAUUUCGUUUUUAUUGAAAAUCUUGACAAAGACUUGUCCCGUACAGCAAUCAUGGAGUUUAUAGAAAAAAAGGUGUCGGUCACAUCUCAAGCAUUUGUUUUUCCCAGUUUGUCAUCAGAUAUUUGUACUCGAGGCUGUAUUCUGUUGGACAACCAAAGAAACUAUGAGAAGUUGUGUAACUUUUUGGAGGAUCCAGAUCAUAUUAUCGUGUCUUCAAGUGGAAGGCCAUGGGUAAUAACUGAAACAAUGAGAGUGCCUGAUACACUUCGAGCUUCAGUCCAAAGCCUCUCACUUGUAUCUCAGAAAAGGAAAAGGAACACGGGAAGUAGCGAUGAAUUGAAGGUUGUCCGUUCAGGAAGUGAUGAAUACAGGUUAGCCAAGCAUCUAAGGGAUUUGUACAAGGAGUUUUCUAAUCAUCAGAAGAGAUUGCAGAAGAGGUUGAUUGUUGAAGAAGGAAAAAUAUGGCAACAACACAAUGCAAAACUCAGGAUUAAAAGUUAAGUCUUCCUUGCUGUGCAUAACAAAUCAAUAGGGUCAUCGAGUUCAUUUCACUGGCUUAGUCUAUUUCAUUUUUGUUGUUUUUGUUUGCAUAUAUGUAUAUGCCUUGGCUAUACUUGAGCUAACCAUACUUGAUUUUGCCUGUACAAAACCCACUACAACACUAGUUCCGCAAAGGAAUGCAAAGAUUUAAAGCCAUCCUUUUUGUGGUGUGAAAUAGGAAUCAAUGUUUCAUCUCUGGUUUAUUUUGCUGUUUGCUGAUUUUGUAUAUAGAUGUGUUGCAACAACCACAUCUUACUAUUACGAAUGAAAGUAGAAAAUGGAUUUCGAUCA